CAGCCCAGGUAAGUAUAAGGCCACCUCACCAGACCAAAGGAAUGUGGAUGGAAAAGAGAGAGGCCACCAUGUCCUCUUGGAGCCCAGAGGGAAGCCAGAGCCCAGGGGUCCUGGACCCCCAUCUUUCUAGAACCCUGUUCCUGCUGCUACUAAUUGUGGCCCCCUCAGUUCAAGGGGUCACCCCAAGCCCUGAAGCCUGCCAGGUGUUCCAGUCAAGCAAUGGCAGCUCCGUCAACUGCUACCCACCUGCCAAACUCCCCCGACAGCUCCCAGCCGACACCAUCUUCCUGUCCGUGGAGUUCUUCAACCUCACCCAGCUGCCACCGGAGACCCUCCAGGGCAUCUCUAACCUCCAGGAGCUGCACCUUUCCAGCAACGGGCUGGAGACGCUGUCCGACAAGUUUCUGUUGCCUGUGCCUCAGCUGAAGGUGCUCGAUCUAACCCGCAACGCCCUGACCCGGCUGCCCGCCGGCCUCUUCCAGGGCUCAGCCACCCUCCACACCCUGGUGCUGAAUCAGAACCAGCUGGGAGCCCUGGAAACCUCGUGGCUGCAGGGCCUGAAGGCCCUGAGGCAUCUGGACCUAGCCGGGAACCACCUCCGGACACUACCCCCCGGGCUGCUGGCCAACUUCACCGACCUGCGCAUCCUUGACCUUGGCAAUAACCAGCUGGAGACUUUGCCCUCUGACCUUCUGAGGGGCCCCCUGAAGUUGGAACGGCUGCACCUGGAGGGCAACAGAUUGCAAGCACUCGAAGAGGGCCUGCUGGAGCCCCAGCCAAACCUGAACUACCUUUUCCUGAGCGACAACCGGCUGGCCACGGUAGCGGCCGGCGCCUUCCGAGGUCUGAAGCAGCUGGACAUGCUGGACCUGUCCAACAACUCACUGAGCAGCGUGCCCAAGGGGCUCUUGGCAUCCGUGGGGCAGCCCGGGGCAGCCCGGGACAUGAAGGAUGGCUUUGACAUCUCUGGUAACCCCUGGAAUUGCGACCAGAACUUGGACGGCUUCUAUCAGUGGCUUGUGGACAAUAAAGACAAGAUGUUCUUCCGGAAUAACACAUGCUGCGCUGAGCCUAAAGCCAGGCAGGGCCAGACACUGCUGGCCGCGGCCAUGUCUCAUUUGAAGCUCACGGCUGGGGUGGAGAUGGGUAGGAACGGCCUGGCGGAACACUGCACAUUAGGCAAUUAAUUCCCUUUUAAGGGUGAGGCAGGCUUUCCACAGUUGCUAGACCCACGCUUCCCCAAACACCCCUGAGGCUCACAGGCCUCCUUGCCUUUGCUCACGCUUUGCUCAUUGCUUUUCCAGGAAUGCCUUCCCCACUUCCCACAUCUCUUGGUCCCCCAGCUCCCUCAGCACAACCCUGGCCGCACUGGGCUGUCUCUGACUCUGGCUCCCCCACUUUUGGGGGGCUCUCUGAGUGCAGGGCCUGGGGCCGAGUUGUCUCACUUAGUUAGGUGUCAGACCCGAGGGGUUUAAUAAUUGUCAGCCCUAGCUGGUUUGGCUCAGUGGAUAGAGUGUCAGCCUGUGAACUGAAGGGUACCAGGUUAAAUUCUGGUCAAGGGCACAGGCCCAAGUUGCGGGCUUGAUCCCCAGUAGGGGGCGUGCAGGAGGCAGCCAAUCAAUGACUCUCAUCAUUGAUGUUUCUAUCUUUCUCUCUUUCUCCCUUCCUCUCUGAAAUCAAUAAAAAUAAAAUAAAAUGUAAAAUAUUUUUUAAAAAUAUAAAUAAAUGUCAAACAGAAUUGGACAAAUGGGCAUUUACUGUGUUCCUGCAUCUCCCAAGUCAACUUCCUACUUCUCCAGGAUGAAGGAGGAAUAGGCAUGACCCAGGGUGCUGGGUGCUGGACUUGAAAUCUGAUGACCCGUGGCUCCUCCUCCUCCUCUCUCCAAUCCUGAGGCUUAACUGGAAAUAAAACUCUGACUAUUG